AUGAUUCUUCCUGCAGCACCCUACCAUCCCCCAAGAAUCACCUCCCUACAAGACCACCGGCUGAAGUUUGCGUGUCAUUCAGCAGCGGCACUGUAUGCCAUCAGCAUCCCAAUCUCGAGCAUGAGAGAUAUCAAUACCACCAUCCAUACAAGUCGAUUGGCUUGUGAAGGCGAGGUCUCGGUUCUCCAGGUUGAAAAGAUAUUUCAUUGUUUCUUCCCCACCCUGAAGGCACGAAAAGCUGGAUUUUCUCUCCCACACCGAAAGGCUCGAGUACCACAUCACGUGGUAGUCUACCUGGGAACGGCGGAGCAGCCUGGUUCGGGAUUUCGAAGAGUUGAUCAAAGAAUUUCAUGCAAAAUGGAAGGACUGGCCGUCAUUGACUUCUCUGGUGGGCUACAGGCACUCCAAGCAGAAACGGAGAUCUAG